UUUGUAGCCGAAGAAGAGUUCUCUCAACACAAAUACCCCUCCGAGAGUUUUUUUGUCUCCUUCGCAUAUUUCAUUCAAUUGACCAGAAACCGAAGCUCGAGCUCCCCCUACGCGACCGCUACGUCAAUGACCUCUCUUAGGGUUUUGCUCCUCGCUCUUCUUCUCCUUUCGUCUCCCUUUCUUCAAGUUGCUAGAUGCCAAUCGAGCUCCGAUGAUCCAGCCAACACUGUCGAAGAUGAUGUCGAAGAAGUCGGUGAAGUUGGGGUUGUUGGGGAUUACGAGCAGGACGUUUCUGACGUGGCCUUGAGCUCAGCUCCAGGAAUUGCAACAGUUUGUAUCUUCCCGAAAAACAGUGCAAAAUUGGUUCCAGCUGGAGAAGAGACUGAACUUCUUGUUGGUCUGAAAAACGAUGGGCAUUCAAGUGUUGGUGUUGUUGGAAUCAAGGCCAGCCUCCAUCUUCCUUUUGAUCACCAAUUACUGGUUCAGAAUCUAACCAUGCUGAGCUUCAACAAUGCAUCCAUCCCUACAUCUGUUCAGGCUACUUUCCCAUACAUCUUUGCAGUCAGCAAGUUUCUUCAGCCUGGAACUUUUGAUCUUGUCGGAACCAUUAUCUACGAGGUAGAUGAACAGCCUUACCAGAGUGUCUUCUACAAUGGCACAAUCGAGGUUGUUGAAUCCGGUGGUCUCCUCAGCGGCGAGUCUGUCUUCCUUGUCACCCUCGGCAUUGCUCUACUUCUCCUCGUGGGCUUGUGGGUCUAUAGCCAAGUAGAGCGUCUCACCAAGAAAACGAAAAAGGUGGCAAAGGUCGAAGUAGGAACGAGGAGUGUGGAUGCGUCGCUGGACGAAUGGCUCGAGGGAACGCCUCUUGCCAAGUCGACCUCCGGGAAAUCAAAGAAGAAAAACUGAAUCAGCUUCUGCGACCACACCUUAACUCAGGUUUGCAUUUUGAAAAACAGCAGCGUGCGAAAUUAGGGGGUUAUGGCUGGAAUCUUUUUUUGCAGCACGUGUAGCAGUUUAGACUAUCACAAGUUCUCUCUUCCUACACUGGAACAUGAUCUGGUUUCGGCCUUGUGAAGUAGACGGUUUUUUUUUUUUUAAUUUCUUGGUUCGGUUUUUAAAGGGGUCGAGAAAUACUUGAAUCAAAGCGAGUGGGCUCCGAACUUUUAUACCCUACACUGGAGGUGGGUGUGUCUGGACUCUGGUUCAUUAAUUUCACUCUGAUCCGAAAUUGAGUUGGAACCGGCCGAACUAAAUAAUAUUAUGUUCCAGUA